AUGAUCCCAUCAGCCACUCAACCUCAAACAGGUCCAUCUAGACCACCCAAACCAUCCCGUCCUCUUAACCCAUCUCAAGCCAGUUCUUCCACUUGUAGGCCUGAUUUACCACAGCCACGACCAACGAGUCUCACCAAACCAGGAUGGCAGCCUAAAACCACGAGGGCGAAAGCGGUAGUGGACGUGGAUAUGAGAUUAGGAAGAGGUCGUGUGGAGAGAAUUGGGGAAGUAGGAGAGAGAGUGGAAAGGGAAUUAUCUACUUUGUUCUCAAAUACCGACCGUCCGCCUGACUUGGACGACCUUCUUACUAGAGACAUUACAGGACGGACGGCUCUUGAGGAAACGGAUUCCAAUGGGAAGAGAAACAUAAUAGGAGACGAAAUCAAGACGAAAGGUUGGAUGAAAGAUGCUGUAGAGGCCAUGGUCAUCGGUGCGACUUUUGGUUUCUGGCCGAACAGACCUUCCUCAUCCAAAAUUCCUACAUCCCAGCCACCCCAACUCCCUUCUACGAACCCUAUCAUAUCGAAUCGAAUACCAGAAGGUUCAAACACUGAGAGAGAAGAUCAGAGUCAUUUCGAUAACCCCCGAUUGGACCUUCCCCCAGCUUACGAAGACACUGAAGUGCCUCAUACCUCAUUCGAUGAAUGGGAAGAAUUGAGUGAGACUUCCACACCACUCAUCACUCCUUCUACAUCACGUCAUACAACAUAUCGUCAUCGACGUCUAUCUAAAUCCAAUUAUCCAUCUUAUCAUUCGCAUCUUUCUUACCCUUCAUAUCCAUCUUUUCCAUCAUAUUCAUCUCUAUCGUCUAAACGUCUUUCCGAUCAUUUUCCCUCUCAAGGACGAAAUCGUAUACGUCAUCCCGACGCCCUCGAAUCAGAACCUGACUUUAGGUCGACCUCUGAACAUGCAUUGAUGGGUAUAACGGACGAGUUUGACACAAUGGAGGUAGCAGACAAAGUAGGGAGAGAAGAUGAUGACAUGGAAAGAAGAUUAGACUUGUUAGGUGAAAAAAUGACAAGACUAAUCUUACAAGCUCAAAUAGCUUUGAACUCCACUACGUCAAAUUCUGAACGUCGACACAUCAGGAAAUGUCUUUCGAGUGGUGAACGCCUUCUCAGAACUCCUCACAAGAAAAGCCCCGGUGGUUUUGUGGAGAAUCGACGAAAGAGAGCCUCAGAAUCGGAUCUUCCUUGGAGAGAAGGAGAAAUGGGAGGAAAGGGAAUAGGAACGGUAAAGAUGGUCAUGACGACAUAUACUUUUUCUCCUAAGAAAAAUGGGAUGAUAGGGAAACGUUCUGGUAGUUUAGGGAAUUUGAGAGGGAGUAGAAUGAGACAAGUGAAGUCGUUAGUUUUAGAACCUAUAACUCGUCAAAUAUGA